CAAAUCCAAGGGCAUAUUGCAAUUUUUUGCUUUCGAAAACACUUAUUCUGAUAAUUCUGAUUUCUAUUUUAGAAGAUUUUUUUAGAAGCAACAUUUUCGAUUUUAGUGAUCAGUAACCUCAUAUUUAUUUUCAAAUAUUACAAUCUUUAUCGUAACGAAAACGAAAAUAAUGAUUAAGCGCAGAGUCUCAAUGCGAGACUUUUGUCUGGAACUACCCAAGCGACGGCAGUCCAUAGGGAGCGUCCUGGCCUGCGACACGUCUGACCGUCUCACGGAGAUACAGAACAUCCCUGAUCCCGUUGAUGUGUCUGUGGGUGGGCAGCACUCUCUGGUGCUGACGCAGAAUGGGGAUGUCUACUCAUUUGGCUGCAACGGCGAGGGCGCUCUGGGCAGGAGUACCAGUUCCAGUGAGCCAGGCAGCGAGUCCUUGCCCGCCUUGGUCGAUCUACCGGGCAAGGCCCUGUGCAUCACUGCAGGCGGCUCGCACUCGGCCUGCCUGUUGGCGAAUGGCAGCGUUUACGCGUGGGGCUCGUUCCGCCUCACGAUCGAUGGCAUUGCACUGAAACCCACUCAGAUCUUGGCCGGCACAGAGUGCUGCAGCAUUGCCUCAGGCAGGAAUCACUUGGUAGUUCUAUCAACUCGCGGCAAGGUCUACACAAUGGGCUGCCCCGAGCACAGACAGCUGCGGAGCAUCCCAGAGCGCUCAGUGCUCCGCCCAAAUCAAAUAAGUAUCCGUUCCGCCAAUCCUUUCAAUGCCAUUUGGGCCACAAACACCUGCUGUUUCCUGCGUGAAUCGCAGACGGAAACCAUCUGGGCCGUUGAUCUGAACAACUGCCAGCAAUUCGCGCCAAUCAAGACAACCCUCAAGGACGUCACUCAGAUUGCUGGUGGGGAUCACCAUACCUUGAUGCUCCAAGAGAAUCGCCUAUACUUUGUCGUUGGGCUGGGCGAAACCAGUACCGAAAUCGUGCUCGUCAGGAAUCUGGAGUGCAGCAACAUUGUUUCUGUGGCUUGUGGAGACGUUUGCUCCUUUGCCAUCACCGAGGAUGGUCUUCUGUAUUCCUGGGGCACGGACUCCAGACUCCAGCUGGGAAUGGCCGGCAAGGAUGAUCAACCGAUCCGUGUCAUCAGCCGGAAUACCGCCAACAAAAAAAUACUCCUAGUAUCUGCGGCGGCACGGCAUGCUCUGUUCCUCGCCCAGGGUAUUCCAUAUGUAUUUAAUUCUCUGAAAGACUCUCUUCUUGCCUUUUCAUAGACAAAUUAUAAAAAAUUAUUAUGGGCAGGCACACCACAUACACAUUUAUUUUCUUCUCCUUCUCCCAUUUUUCCUUCUUUUUUU